UGAUUGUAUUUAUUUCCCCCCCUCCCGCCCCGGCUCCUUUUUAUAUAUAUUAUAUAUAUAAAACUCAAGGCGGAAAAGAUACUUUUCCUAGUUAUUCUUCCUCUCAGAUGUUUUGUGCAGGGAGGAACCGGCACAGUUGGAGAUACACAAGACACACAGGGACACACACACCCCCCCCCAACCCCCCCCGGCCACACUCAUGGCAUUUGAUAUAAAAGGUGUGCGUAUAUCAAGAGUACCAGUGAUGCUCUCUCCGGGUCAGAGCUUCAUUAACAAUUUCUUGGCAUUUUUCUCUCAUUGGUUCAACACUGGUCCCAUUUCUGCUUCCCCAAGCCAAAUAUGAGCUUCCUUCUUGUGUCUGCAUGUGAUUGUGAGGUAGCAUAGGGUAAGAAGAUUUGGUGGAGAAAGGUUACACCUUGUGAAUUUGUGACUCGAGGACGUUUGAGAACUCAAAGUGACUAGAAAAAUAUGGAGAAGAAAAUGAGACAGCUGUGUCCUAUUUCUGAUCCAGACACAACAUACUUUCUGCAAAUAACUUGGUGCAAAGAUCUGGGUAUGGGUUUUGAUCUUAUACUAAGUGAUGGCCAAUCAUCUUGGACUGGAAGAGUGUCUGAAGAAAAGAUUUCCAGAGAGGCUGCUGACAUGGAAAUGAAACAAGAAAAGUAUGUAGAAGAACUUAAAAAAGUACUGUUGUUUGACCAGUUCUCAGAUACAUACCGUUUUGAUAUUUCUAAAAAAGAAAUAAAUGGAGAAUCAAUUCAUUUUUCAUAUGAAAAGAAUUUGAAAGAUGUUACUUUUAGACUUGGAUCAUUGAAAUUACAAAGAGUUACAAACUCACCUGAAGUCAUUAGAGAGUUGAUUAUCCAUUGCCUUGAUUGUGUAAAAGAACUACAUGCCAAAAAUGAUCACCUACAAAAAGAGAAUGAAAGGCUUCUGAAUAAUCUGGGUGACAUGCAAGAACAAUUACAAAAAUGUGUUGAAGCUAAAGAAGAACUGGAAACUGAUCUUUAUAAGCGAUUUGUCUUGGUCCUCAAUGAAAAGAAAACAAAGAUAAGAAGUUUACUGAAACAUUUAAAAGAAGUCAAAGAAAUGGUACCAGAAACUGCACAAGCAAGGGACACAGUAAUUGCUUCAAAAAGUACAGUUCAAAAAGAAAAUUAUGAAGGAAGCACUGAUGAAGAAAGUGAAAAUUUGAUACAACUGACAACAUCAGAGUCAAUCAAACCCAGAAGAGAUCCAUUACUUGGUAGUCCAGAUAUUACUGAUAUAGUUCCAAGUAGAAAAAGAAGACAACUGACUUCAAAAAAUGGAAAUACUAAACCAAAGGUGACAUUACAAGAAGCUCAAACUACUUCAAAAGAAACACUACAUUCUGCUCCAUCAAAAUCAAUGGAGAGGGAGCUGACCUUGAAAAAGGCAGAGGAAGAGAAAAGCACAGGUGACCCUGAAGACUUGUUUGAUGAUAUAUGACUUUUCUGGAAGAAGGAUGCGAUUUUACUACAAGCUGCUAAAAAUACAAUCAUUAUCUCUUUCAAAGAAACUGUUUUACAUGUAGCAGUGGAAGGAGUUAUUUGACUGUAAAAUAAUAUUCAACUAAUGUUUUAUCUUUUGCUAAUAAAGGUUGUACCCAUGAAUCACUAACAGUCAAUACUUUCCAUUGAAGGCAUUACAGACUUCAGGAAGUUAAUCUGUCUCCAGUUGAUGUGAGUAAGAAAAGUUAAUUUAUCCUCAGGAUUAGGAAGGACAAUUACUAGACCAUCAAAAUGGCAGCAGUGAAAACUGGGAAGAAAGAUGAAAGGCUGCGACUCAUGACUUCAGGCAGAAAGGUGUCUUAAAAUUGUCUAUAGUGGAUUUAUGAUUAACGAAAAUAUUUCCUAUAUUAAGAAUAGAUACAGUGUCUUAUCCAUUUGACAAAUAUUUUCCUUCUGUUUGAUCAUAGCUUUUAAAUGUCCAAAAUGAAGUCUCUUGCUGCAAAGUUAUUUUCAGGCCUUUACUCCAUUUCCUGCUCAGUAAUGGUCCCUAGCGACC